UGGUUCUCUUACUGCAGAGUAAAUAAAGAUCAGUCUGAAAUAAGAGUCCAACUUAAAGAGCUGACUCACUGCGAGUUGUACAUGUUAAAGAGGAACAAACAGAUAUAUUUUCAGAUAGGAGCUCAAAUUUUGGAUGAUGGAUCCUUCUUACAACCAGAGAGACCUCAGAAGAAGUCAGCUGAAAAACAACAAUAGAUACAUCCAAGAGAGAAAUUCAGGUGCCCCUGAAUAUGACGAGGAUGGUACACCUGUCAACGGGAACACGGCUGAGAGAGGGCAGGAGCAGCAGACGGCCCGACAGCCACAGCACACUGAUGGAUUCACCAUGAUCCCACCAAACGAGUCUCGCCGAAGCAAGCUUAACAUGAUGGCUCAGAAGGAAGAGGAGAGUUUCCAGAGGUGGAAAGAAGCAAACAGACCAGCCUCAGUGCACAUCAAUCCAGAGAAGCUGGGUGGUGAUAUGUCAUUUGCCGAAGCCAGAGAGAAACAGAUGGCAGGAUUACGUGGCUCCAAAUUGCAGAAGAAGAUGAAAAAGGAGGAGCUGGACAGGAGGAGGAGACAAGAAGAGGAGGAGGCGUUACAGAGGAUGAAAGCCGUACAGAGGGAGAAGGCAGAGCGUCUGGAGCAGAGGAGUCGACAGGAGGAGCAGAAGAGGAGGGAGUUGCACAAGCAGGAUCACCUCAGGACGACAGAGAGUUUUCUGCAGAGGUUGGAGAGGACAGCCCCGGGUCCACUGGCAUCCAGCAGCGCCACACACACGUCAUCCAGGAGAGAUGCCACGGAGAAUUCACAGAUGCAGAUGGCUUCCAGAAGUGUGACAGACAUGAAGCAGGAACAGAAGAGGGUGAACUCAGCCUUCCUGGACAGACUUGAGGGUCGAGGCAGAGGAAGCGAGGAGUCAGGAGGUGUUAAAUGGGAAGAGCGUCCUUAUUACACCUCUGAAGACCCCAUCAAUGUCAAACAGGAGCCCCCCCUUGCUCACCUGGACCCCAGUAAGGAGCAGAGCUGCUCCAGCUGGACACAGGAAGCUGACUCAGAUCAGGACUAUGACUGGGCCCUGAUGAAACUCAUGAACCGCUUUCCAGACUGUUGCAAAGAGUUCUUGGAGGACAUCCUGUGCCAGUGCAGUGGGGACUAUGAAGAGGCCCAAGUACUCCUCAUAUCUACGCUCAGUUGAGUUUUAGGGGUCUGUAAUGGUGGACGGUCCUGGUUUAGGAUGUGUUUGAUGAUUUUGGAGAUGGGAUGAAUGAACAUCUAUGACCAGUAUGCAAAUAUGGAAGAAAAACUGUAAUUCUACUCGCCAUAUUUUCAUUUAUAACAAAGAAUUACAAUGCAAACACUUUGUUCCCAGACACAUUAACAUUACUAAGAGAGUGUUUGCAGAGUCACUAAGUGCAUUCAACAAGCCGCCACUGUUUCUUCUAAUUCAAUCAGGCAUCUGCAAAGUCCCCUGGAUGUCUGUAUCCCUUUCUUUAAACAUACUUUGUGACUUUGCAAACUCUUUCCUAGUAAUGCUCAUGUUGUCAAAUGCACUAGUUUUGCAAGGAACACUAAAAUUGUAGUCAUUUUUAUUCUCAACAGUACAGUACCAGAAUUUCUGGACACUAUUUCAAGGUCACAUGUGGCUCUGGUCUAAGUGAUUGAUACAGUAUUAACCAGGCUGGGGGAAUUUUAAAAAAUUAUCAGCAUCUCCACAAGGUGGCAGUGUGAGCAAAGUAGGCAUAAUGUUAAAAGUGAAGUAAACAGCUCCAUUUAUCCAUUCAGUUAUAGUCAUUAUAAGGUAAUGCUAUCAAGCAGUUUUAGGAGUGGACAAUGCCUCAACCACGCCUCCUCUUUCCAUAAAUUGAAACCUGACCAUCCACCUUUCUGAGUACAGACAGAAAGGUUCGUCCAUAUCUGUUCAAACGUAGAGCUUAAAUGAGCUUUUAACUAAAAUCCAUUAGACAAAUGGAGAACGAGAGAGGCGUACGGAUAGAAUUAUAUUGCUUUAACCUCUGUAAACAAAGUUGAGCACAACUCACACACUAACUUGUCAGUCAGGAAUUCAGACACGAUCAUAUUAUCUUUGCAUAUAAAGUGUUACAUUCAUAAGUUAAUUAACAUUGCAGAUAAAACUCAUAAGACUGUUUUUCAAAUUAAUAUUUGCAGUGAUGUUGCAUUUGCUCAUAAGUUUUAUCUAUGUUAUCAGCUGGAUUCAUUAUGCUCUGCAUAUUCAUUUGGUUUAUGGCAUAUUAACAUAUAAAAGAGUAGACUAUAGCAUAUUUUAAUGUUAUUCUUUUGUCAGUGGACUUUUGAAAUCUGUGGUUAAAAGAGCCUAAAAUGAUGAGUACUCAUCAAAUAAAACAAAAUCUUGUUUGAUUUUUCUUAAUGACUAAAAAUAUUAUUGUAUGGAGUAGAUCUUCUGUUAACAUAAGUAUAUUUCACAUUUUUUUCUACAUGUUUUAAGGUAAUUUGUGAAUUGAACCGGAGAAUAAUAACUUGCUUACAUUUCAGGUCUGAGUCUAAGGUAUCUUUUAAAGAGAUGUUAGGCAGACUGGAUAAACUUGUUCAUUUAUAUACUAUUGUAUGUACAGUUUGUGCCUCUUACUGUCCUGUUCAUGUAUGUUUUUGUGUGAUAUUCAAUUAAAUGUCUACAAAACUUA